ACCCCUCCCUAGGCUGUUUCCCUCUCUGCCAGCCGCGCCGCAGCAGCCCGCCCAUCCACCUCCUCCUCGCCAGCCGGCAGCCGCCACGAUGGAGGCUUUCCACGCGGGGAUACCCUUCGACCUCGACUUCUACACGUCCUCCCUCGUCGUCACCUCCCUCAUCACCGACGAGCUCUGUCUGUACGCCCUCCGAGCCGCACACACUGAACCGUAUCCCUUUCCGAGUUUCCCGUUCCUAUUUGAUUGUUCUUACCGCCACAACGUAGUCGCUUCCUAUCUUAUUGGUUCCACAGGUUCCGCUACGGCCCGAAGUCACAGCCUGAGAGGUACUCUCGGAAGGUCUCUUACUCCUGGUCCACUACUCCACUGUUAAUUUCACAACCGGAAUUCAGGCACCCAGCCUUACGGUGUUCGGCACCGUGUUGCUUUGCUUAUACUAUCAGAUUAGUGUUCCUUGGUUUUUUGCUUAGGUGUGCCCACAGUUUUAAAACCCUCUAAUCUCCAUUUGCUGGCUUGAAUAGAAUCACAAAGGUACAAGUAUCAUGUGGCCAGUGGUUAGUGCAUUCCGUGAUUCAAGAGUCUGUUACGAACUUAUGCUCUAUUCGAAGGUCGAUUCCAUAUCUUAUAGAUUGAUAUUCACCCUGUUGCCUUUUGUAACCAAAUUCUAUUACGCCCGGUUUGAAUUAUUGGAAUUGAAUUCCAUUUUAAUAAUAGUAAUUUAGGCAUAUAUCAAUUAAACGAAUUCGGUUUUAUGCAAAAUAUAUCAAUGUACUAUUAUUAGCAAGAUGCCGGAGAUAUUUAUAUGCUACAUUUUUACUAUAAAGGAGUGAGUCGAAGAUCGUCUUGUAAGUUAAAUAGUAGAAACAAAUUUUAGUAAUACAUAAAAUCAUUUCCCAUCUUCCAUCCCAUAAAUUUGAGAUAAGCUUAUAUCAGAACUUUGAAAAGUGGUGAAAUGUCAAAAUCCAAGCUAAAUAGGUUACUUUAUUAAAUGAAUUUCAAUUUCUUUAAAAUGAAGAGAUCCAAACGCCCUGUUAUAUAACCUGCCAACCUUCCAAUCCGCUUGCUCUACAUGUCAUGGAAUAUUCUAAUCUUUGUUUCUUACUCUGUUAUGCUUCAAACUCGAUGCUGCAAAAUUAGGAGCUUUAAGCUGGCGAUGACAAUCUGAAACUAAUUGGGAGGGGAGCACACCUUGAUACAUCCUAUUUCAUACCUUGUGUCUAGAGAUGGCAAUGGGGACCCGAUCCCUGAUUCCCCGCGGGGAAUUCAUCCAUUAGGGGAUGGGGAUGGGGAAGAAACUUUCUCCACGGGGAUAUAAAUGAGGAAAGUUUAUCCCCCGACGGGUAAACGGGGAUGAGGACGGGGAAGUAUUCUCCAUCCCCGUUCCCCGCGGGGACCCGUUAACUUGCAUGUGACUAUGUUUUUGUGUACCGGUUAACAACAAAAAUAAAUAAUUACCUUGUCAAGAGACCACUAAUUGUACAAAUGUGUUCAUUUUGAUGUAUGCAUAAUGAUUUCUUACAUCUGACAAUGUGUAUAAGUGAUAAUGUUUAACAUUAAUAACAAAGAACGUAUGUAUUAAUUAUAAUUUUAACGGGGAUGGGGAUCCCCGUUGGGGAUUUAUCCCCACGAGGAAUGGGGAUGGGGAAGAAAUGUUCCCCGCAAGCGUUCGUGGGGAUCCCCGCGGGGAAAUUUUUUCGUCGCGGGGACACGUAUGGGGAGCUAUUCCCCGGCGGGGAAUUCCCCGUUGCCAUCCCUACUUGUGUCCUCUAACCAUGUCCUGAUGAUGGUUUUCUUGCUGUUGUGGUUUGGUUCAGUGAUUUUUUCAGGGUCAGCUGAUUGUCAGUCCUUGCCUCAGAUGUAGAAUCAUGCAUGGCUGUUGCCCGCUUCGAGGAUGCACAUGACUGAGUUUUGUUAGCUUUCAGUGCUACUAUUUAUUUUGUUUGUGGAACUAAACAUUAGCUCAUUUGUAACUUGAUUUUAGGAAUGCAAUAAACCACCAUGUCUGGCUUACUGAGUCUACGAUUGCCAUAGGUGAUGAUGAAGGUUGCAUUAAGGUAUGGGAUACCCGGUAACAAUCUUGCUGCAACAGUUUUGAAGUCCACGAUGAUUACAUUUCAGAUAUGACCUAUGUGGCUGACUCAAAUCAGAUACUGGCCACAAAGGUUUAACUAGAUUCCGUGCAGUUGAGAUGUAUCAAACACAAUCGAAACACUAUCUGCAUGGCAGCAACUAAAGAUGAUCACCAAUUAUCUUAUUUAUUCCCUUUUUUUUUUGUCAUGGAUCAGGCAUAAGUACUCCUGUUUUCAGUUCCACAUUUAACUGCUACUUCAUGCAGAUUGGAUAUUAAGUAAUUUGAUGAUGUGAUUUUGUAAUACCAUCGAACAGAAGAUAUUCUGUGAGAUCUAAAGAUGGAUUUAUUUGCAAAACAUUUGCAUGUCAAAUUUAUCGACAUGCAUUCUGUGCAUGAUACACAGCAUGGUAACUAAAGAUUAAACUUCUUUGCUUUCCUUGUAGCGGGGAUGAAACUUUGUCUAUGAACACCCUGCGGAGGAAUAAAGUAAGGUCACAAUCUGAAUUUUCAGAAGAUGAGUUGGUAUCCUCGGUGCUAAUGAAGAACGGUAAAAAGGUUGUUUGUGGAACUCCAAGUGGAGCCCUCUUAUUAUAUUCAUGGGGAUACUUUAAUGGUUGCUGGUACACGAUGGAGGGAGCGGGAAGAGAUGCCAACCCUUUGAGCGGUUACAGAAUUGGCAAAACCCUGGGAAUUGGGUCGUUCGGUAAAGUGAAGAUCGCGGAACAUAUAUUGACUGGUCAUAAGGUGGCGAUCAAGAUUCUCAAUCGCAAGAAGAUCAGAAGCAUGGAUAUGGAAGAGAAAGUUAAGAGAGAAAUCAAGAUACUGAGAUUAUUUAUGCAUCCUCAUAUCAUACGCCUUUAUGAGGUGAUAGAUACACCUGCUGAUAUCUGUGUUGUUAUGGAGUAUGUUAAAUCUGGAGAGUUGUUUGAUUACAUCGUUGAGAAGGGAAGGCUACACGAAGAGGAAGCCCGACACUUUUUUCAGCAGAUCAUAUCUGGUGUUGAAUAUUGCCAUAGGAACAUGGUUGCUCACCGUGAUUUAAAGCCAGAGAAUCUUCUUUUGGAUUCAAAAUGCAAUGUUAAGAUUGCCGAUUUUGGCUUAAGUAAUAUUAUGCGUGAUGGUCACUUUCUUAAGACGAGUUGUGGUAGCCCGAAUUAUGCAGCACCUGAGGUCAUAUCUGGUAAACUAUAUGCUGGUCCUGAAGUUGACGUCUGGAGCUGUGGAGUUAUUCUUUAUGCUCUUCUUUGUGGCACUCUCCCAUUUGACGAUGAGAAUAUUCCAAACCUUUUCAAGAAAAUAAAGGGUGGAAUAUAUACCCUUCCUAGUCAUUUGUCACCUUCAGCGAGGGACUUGAUUCCCAGAAUGCUGGUUGUUGAUCCAAUGAAAAGGAUUACAAUACGUGAAAUCCGUGAACAUGUGUGGUUCAAGAUCCGACUUCCGCGCUAUUUGGCUGUGCCGCCUCCAGACACUGCUCAACAAGUUAAAAAGGUCGACGAGGAAACUCUUAAUGAUGUUAUUAAGAUGGGUUUUGACAAGAAUCAGCUAAUUGAAUCUCUGCAAAACAGAUUGCAGAAUGAGGCAACAGUUGCCUAUUAUUUACUCUUGGACAAUAGGCUUCGUACAACCAGUGGUUAUCUUGGAUCUGAGUUUCAAGAAUCUAUGGACUCAUCUUUGUCUCAAGUAAUCGCUGAAACACCAACUUCAGCAACUGAACUUCGUCAGCAUGGGUUUUCAGAAUCUCCAGGUUCUGGCUUGAGGCAGCAUUUUGCAGCUGAAAGGAAAUGGGCCCUUGGUCUUCAGUCUCGAGCACAUCCACGAGAAAUAAUAAGUGAAGUGCUUAAAGCUCUGCAAGAACUGAAUGUUUACUGGAAAAAGAUUGGACACUACAACAUGAAAUGCAGAUGGAGUCCUGGCUGCCUUGAGAGUAUGAUGCAUAACAGUGAUAGCUUCAGUGCGGAGUCUGCUAUAAUUGAAACUGAUGUUUUCAUGGAGAAAUCAACCCCGACAGUGAAGUUUGAGAUUCAGCUUUACAAAACGAGGGAUGAGAAGUACCUUCUUGACCUGCAAAGGGUCAGUGGAUCACAUCUUCUCUUUCUGGACUUGUGUUCCGCCUUUCUAACUCAGCUGAGAGUUCUUUGAGCCUGACAUGAUUGGCUUCCCAAGCACUCCUUGAUGCACCCAGUGGAGUUUCAAGUUACAUUUGAGAUGUACAUAAUGACCAUAUAUAAUCCUCCAGUAGAUUAUAUUUUCUGGAGCAUGUAAUGUAGACGUUAGAGGCUUGUCCUGGUUUGCCAAGAUGGUUGUUACCUAAGGUCCUAACAAGAGGCCGCAGGCGAGCCCAGUCCAAUUAGAUGAUGUGAAAAAUUUUUGGCCUUUUUUUAGUCUUUGGACAUGUUAUCAAAUUAAGGAGGUCGUGCUAGCACGAUACCCAAACUAAGAAAUACCCCAUUGAAAACUGAAAACAAAGCUUGCUCGUUCAUACUA